AACUCACUCCUGAACUCCCAAUAUAAUGGAUCCGAAGAUGACGCCGGGUGUCACGUGCAAGUGACGUCAUGGGAGGCCGAAUCGCGUCUAGGAACUUGCUGCAACCGUGUGGGGAAUGUAAUGGAGGAUCCGAGCGGGUUAGACGGGGCCCGAACACCCUGAGACCAACGGGAACUGAACAUGGCGUCUCUGCCGACCCUCUUGCUGCUCUUGCUCUGCCUUACGUGUGGGGGGAGCAGCACUACGGUGUCCCUGCCAGAAACACUGCUUUUUGUAUCCACACUCGAUGGGAGUCUUCAUGCCAUCAGCAAGCGGACUGGCUCCAUCAGAUGGACACUGAAAGAAGAUCCAGUACUGCAAGUUCCAACACACGUAGCAGAGUCUGCUUUCCUCCCAGACCCAAAUGAUGGCAGUCUCUACACUCUGGGAAGUAAGAACAAGGAAGGGCUGACAAAACUUCCAUUUACCAUCCAAGAGCUGGUCCAGGCCUCUCCCUGUCGGAGCUCAGAUGGCAUCUUGUAUAUGGGCAAGAAGCAGGACGUUUGGUAUGUCAUUGACCUGGUGACUGGGGAGAAGCAACAGACUCUGACGUCCUCCUUUGCUGACAGUCUCUGCCCGUCAACUUCACUGCUCUACCUGGGGAGGACAGAAUACACCAUCGCUAUGUACGACACAAAGAAUAAAGAGCUGCGCUGGAAUGCCACUUAUCAUGACUAUGCUGCCACUCUGCCUGAUGAGGGCACUGAAUACAAAAUGUCCCACUUUGUUUCCAGUGGAGACGGAAUGGUGGUGACCGUGGACAGUGAAUCAGGGGAUGUGCUCUGGAUACAGAACUAUGCCUCACCAGUGGUGGCACUGUAUAUGUGGCAGCGAGAAGCCCUAAGGAAGGUGCGGUACACCAACGUGGCAGUGGAGACUCUGCGCUACCUGACCUUCAUGUCUGGAGAGGUUGGCCGCAUCACCAAGUGGAAAUAUCCUUUCCCCAAAGAGACAGAGACCAAAAGCAAACUCAUGCCUACUCUGUACGUGGGAAAAUACUCCACCAGUCUCUACGCUUCCUUCUCGCUGGUCCAUGAUGGUGUCACUGUGGUGCCGAGGGGGAGGGCAAUUCCACUGCUGGAUGGGCCCACACCUGACGGGGUGACCAUUGAAGAGAAUGGGGAGUGUGAGUUUACACCCAGCAUAGAUCUGAAAAUUCCUACAGGGAUGAAACAAAAGGACAAGCUGAGAUACUGGCACAACCUAUGGCUGCUAAUAGGGCACCACGAGAUCCCAAACUCUGCGCCAACCAAGAUCCUUGAUAACUUCCCUGCUUCCCUGCCAAGGGGCCAGGAGAAUAUCAUAGAGGCCAGUGCUGAAAAGCCACACAUUCCAGAGGAAGUUAUGGAGAUGGCAAAUGAGGCAUCGGAGGAUCUGGGCACUUCCUACUCACAGGAUCUAAGUGACAUUUCCCGACCAGUCCCUCCCAAGCCAGAAGCUCCUGUGGACUCCAUGCUCAAAGAUAUGGCCACCAUAAUAUUCAGCACCUUCCUCCUGGCUGGCUGGGUGGCCUUUGUCAUCACAUACCCAAAGCAGGCCGUACAACAGCAGCAGCAACUGCAGCACCAGCAGUUCCAGAAGCAGUUGGAAGAGAAGAUUCAGCUGCUGCAGAUGCAGAAUGUUCCAUUCCAGUCUCCUGCUGAUUUGUCUCAAGAUGGAGAUUAUCUAGAUCUCUCUGGGGGGCUGGGGGAAGGCUCUACUGUCAGCUCUCCCAAUGUGUCCCCAAAGGCUUCCAACCACUCUGUGUGUUCCAACAUAUCCGCAUCAGAGGGUGCCAGUGUCAUCUCCACAGAGCAUGAGGAUGCAGAUGAGGACAGGCAUGUGGCUGUGGGUAAAAUCUCAUUUAAUCCGAGGGAAGUUCUGGGUCAUGGAGCUGAGGGUACCAUCGUGUACAGGGGGCACUUUGAUAACCGGGACGUGGCGGUGAAGAGAAUUCUCCCAGAAUGCUUCAGUUUUGCAGACCGAGAGGUGCAGCUGCUGAGAGAAUCAGAUGAACAUCCUAAUGUGAUUCGCUAUUUCUGCACGGAGAAGGAUCGGCAGUUCCAGUACAUCGCCAUCGAGUUGUGCUCCACCACCCUGCAGGAGUAUGUAGAAGAGAAGGACUUUGAUAGUCACGGCUUGGAGCCAAUCACGUUGUUGGAACAGACGAUUUCAGGACUCUCCUACCUGCAUUCACUCAGCAUCGUACAUAGGGACCUGAAGCCACACAAUAUCCUGAUUUCCAUGCCCAAUGCCCAUGGAAAGGUGAAAGCCAUGAUCUCCGAUUUUGGCCUGUGCAAGAAGUUGGCAGUGGGAAGAAACAGUUUCAGCCGGAGAUCUGGGGUCCCAGGGACAGAGGGAUGGAUUGCUCCAGAAAUACUGAGUGAAGACAGUAAGGAGAAUCCGACCUACACGGUGGAUAUCUUCUCUGCUGGCUGUGUCUUUUACUAUGUCAUAUCGGAAGGAAAACACCCGUUUGGCAAGUCCCUGCAGCGGCAAGCCAACAUUCUCCUGGGCACCUACAGUCUCGACUGCUUAGACUUAGACCUGCACGAGGGCCUUGUUGCCCACCAUCUCCUCGAGGAAAUGAUAAAUAAAGACCCGCAGAGUCGUCCCUCUGCUUCGGCUGUGCUCAAACACCCCUUUUUCUGGAGUCUGGAUAAACAACUUCAGUUCUUCCAGGAUGUGAGUGAUAGAAUAGAGAAAGAGGCUCUGGAUGGGCCCCUGGUGAAACAGCUGGAGAGAGGAGGACAGUCCGUGGUACAAAUGGACUGGAGGCAGCACAUCACUGUCCCACUGCAAACAGAUCUAAGGAAAUUCCGCAGCUAUAAAGGGAAUUCCGUGCGAGACCUGCUCCGGGCAUUGCGCAACAAGAAACAUCACUACCGGGAGCUGCCAGCAGAGGUGCAGGAGACGUUGGGGGGUGUCCCAGAUGAUUUUGUUUGUUACUUCACGUCCCGCUUUCCCAGCCUACUCUUGCACACUUACCUUGCUAUGCAAAUGUGCAGUCAUGAGAGACCCUUCCAGCCUUACUAUCAACAGGAUCCCUCCGUGUUCUGUCCUGACGUGGCUUGAGCUGCACUGUGUGUGGCACAUGGUGGACAGUGGAGGAAUUGAGUGAGGCUGGACUAAGGCCCUCACACAUUGUGCCUUUAAUACUGACUUGGUGCUAGCUAGGCGCACAGGGUUCUGCCAUAGUGUUUGACACCUGCCUGGCACCAUGUCAUGAUAAGUGACAUAUUCUUAUUGUUGCACUAGGGCAUCACACUCCCAGCGGCUUUUAUUCUGGCAGCCCUCUCUGAAUGCCGUUGGGUUAUGCCUGAUGGUGUGGGGGGGAGGGGUAUCUCUGGCAGAGGAGUGGGUCUGUGUUUGUCCCAAGGGGGUGGGUAUUAUUCCUGGUACAGGAGCAGAUAUGUGCCCGUCUGUGAUUACGUUUUUAACAUAUGGUUCAGAAAUUAGACAUUUAGUAACAAAGGGUGAUGCUCAUUUCCCAGUAUUUGCUCUUUUCGCUGAGUUUUCUGGGGCAAGAAUGUGAUAUCCCCUUACAACAAUGCCCCUAUAUUACACCUGCACGGGAAAAGGGAGGGCCUGGGAGGGGCUACAGUUGAACCCUGGGGCAUGUGUAUGAAGUAUUUGCCCACCCCCCAGGCCUGUUGUGUUUUAGGAGAGGGGUGAAAGGGAUACAAGGGGAAUUUUUACUUUUCUUACUUAAUGUGGUCGGCUGUCAAGAAAACAAAAAACUUGGUGCAGUCGAGCUCUGGAUUUUAGAGAGAUUUUAUUGGCAAGUUUGGUGAAAGCGCAACUGGACCUGCUGCUUUAUAUUGGGGGCGAAUCCGCUACAUUUAUACACUGGGCACAACACGCCCACAUCUCAGGCUUCUUUAUCAAUAAAUCUCUUUUUAUUCAGUA